AUGGCUGGAAAGGGCACCAUUAUGACCAAAGACCCUGAGAAUAUCAAGGCAAUAUUAGCCACACAGUUCAACGACUUCGCUUUGGGUACCCGUUAUGAUGCAAUGAACAUUACCUUGGGCGCAGGCAUAUUUACUUUAGACGGUGAUGGAUGGAAGCACUCUAGAGCCAUGUUGAGACCUCAAUUUGCCAGAGAGCAAGUCGGCCACGUUACCAUGUUAGAGCCACACGUGCAAGCACUCAUUUCGAGAGUCAAGGAGGCUCAUGGACAGUCACUAGACCUCCAAAAGCUCUUCUUCCAGUUGACCAUUGAUGCGGGAACAGAGUUCCUCUUUGGUGAAUCUUGUGAGUCGUUACGUGCAAACGAGAAAGCUGUGGGUGACCUAAGCUCUUUCGAAAAGCUCAAGCAAGAAUUUCCAACCUCUUUCAACUAUGCCCAAGAUAUGCUUUUCCGUCGUGCUGCAUUACAGUCACUAUACUUCAUUGCAGGAGGUAGUAAAUUUAAGAGAAGCAAUGAAGUUAUCCAUGCAUUUGCCGACUAUUAUGUGCAAAAGGCUUUGCAUACUACCGAUAAAGAAGUGGAGAAGAUCUCCGGUGAAGGAUAUGUGUUCUUGUAUGAGUUGCUUGGCCAGACCAGAGAUCCCAAAUUGUUGAGAGAUCAGUGUUUGAACAUUUUAUUGGCUGCCAGAGACACCACUGCUGGUUUGUUGUCAUUCACAUUCUAUGAGUUGGCACGUAACCCUGAGAUUUUAAACAAGUUGCGUCAAGAAAUCUAUGAAGCGUUUGGAGAUGGAGAGGACUUGUCUCUUGUCACCUUCGAAUCGCUCAAGAAAUGCGAGUAUCUCAAAUGGGUUCUCAAUGAAGCUCUUCGCAUGUACCCAUCAGUUCCUACCAACUUCCGAGUUGCACAGAAGAACACUACACUUCCACGUGGAGGUGGACCUGAUGGAAACUCCUCAAUUUUCGUUCCAAAGGGUACUUCUGUUGCCUACAGCACAUUUGCCAUGCACAGGGAGCCAGAGUUCUACGGUGAGGACUCUGAAGUAUACAGACCGGAGAGAUGGGGCGAGCCAGAGGCCAAAAAGUAUGGAUGGGCUUACGUUCCAUUCAAUGGAGGACCACGAAUCUGUUUGGGCCAACAAUUUGCAUUAACGGAGGCUUCAUAUGUUACAGUUAGACUUUUGCAGACAUUCAAGAAUCUUGUGGCAUUUGACAUGGACUAUCCACCAGCCAAACUGACGCAUUUGACAAUGUCGCUCGCCAACGGGUGCAAUCACACGAAGGGAAGGGCAUGGUACGGAGUCAUUGCAUUUUUGUUCGUUGCAUAUGUCGCACUUAAUCACCUUAAGCAAUACAUUAUCUAUAGAAGGUCUGGAGCAUCAUUGCCGCCUCGUACUGGUGAUUACAUUUUGGGAUUCAAGAAUGUUGCAGAGCUCAUAAAACAACAGCAAGCUGGAACCACUCCGGAGUAUUUUCAGUCAAAAUAUUCGACAGUUAAAGGGAAAACUUUCAGAAGUUACAUGGCUGGUACUACUGGAAUCACCACGAAAGAUCCAGAAAACAUCAAAGCACUUUUGGCUACUCAGUUCAAUGAUUUUGCUUUAGGAAGCACACGUUAUAAUGCCAUCAAAGUGACCUUAGGAGACGGUAUUUUCACCUUGGAUGGAAAUGGAUGGAAACACUCCAGAGCCAUGUUGAGACCACAGUUUGCUAGAGACCAAGUUGGCCAUGUUGCUUCAUUAGAGCCUCAUAUUCAGGCAUUAGCUAAAAGAAUCAGACGGGCUAAGGGGUCUAGUUUUGACCUCCAACCACUUUUUUUUGAGUUGACUAUUGAUACUGGAACAGAAUUUCUCUUUGGAGAGUCCUGUGAUUCUUUAAGUGCCGAUCCUAAUGCUGUGAUUGACCAUAGCUCAUUUGAGAAGAUCAGACAGAACUUCUCUGAUUCUUUUAACUACUCUCAAAACAUGCUAUUCAACCGUGUUGUUACCCAGGGGCUCUAUUUCCUCCGUGACAGCUUCAAGUUCAGAAGGAGCAAUCUGGUUGUACAUGCAUUCACAGACCAUUAUGUUCAAUUAGCUUUGAACUCAAGCGAAGAGGAUAUCGAUAAGUACUCUAAGCAUGGUUAUGUCUUUUUGUACGAAUUGGCCAAGCAAACCAGAGAUCCCAAGGUAUUGAGAGAUCAAUGCUUGAACAUUUUAUUGGCUGCCAGAGACACCACUGCUGGUUUGUUGUCAUUCACAUUCUAUGAGUUGGCACGCAACCCUGAGAUUUUGAACAAGUUGCGUCAAGAAAUCUAUGAAGCGUUUGGAGACGGUGAGGACUUGUCUCUUAUAACUUUUGAAUCGCUCAAGAAAUGUGAGUAUCUCAAGUGGGUUCUCAAUGAAGCUCUUCGCAUGUACCCAUCAGUUCCUACCAACUUCCGAGUUGCACAGAAGAACACAACUCUUCCACGUGGAGGUGGACCUGACGGAAUGUCUCCAAUAUUCAUUCCAAAAGGUGCUUCUAUUUCUUACACGGUGUACGCCACGCAUAGAGACCCAGAGUACUACGGUAAGGAUGCUGAGACUUUCAGACCAGAAAGAUGGGGCGAACCAGAAGCCAAGAAGUACGGCUGGGCAUUUGUUCCAUUUAAUGGAGGACCUAGAGUCUGUUUGGGCCAACAAUUUGCAUUGACUGAAGCAUCCUAUACAACGGUAAGACUCUUGCAAUUAUUCAAGCAUAUCGAGUCUUUCGAUUCCCAGUACCCACCGCUCAAGAUGACUCACUUGACUAUGUCUUUGUUUUAUGGAUGUAAUGUUAGCAUGACUUAA